CUUCCAUCAUUUUAAUUCUCCCAUAGCCUCACUCACGCCGUCACCCUCCUCCCUACCCCGUCCUCCCCCAAGGCCCCCCUUUGAUCCCCCCACAGUCUCUAGACAGACCCCCCCCCCCCACUAUUCACACACAAACACACACAAUCACACAACCUUCAACCAUGGCUACCUAUGGAACACGAUCAGCUCCUGCGCCUUUUCUGCUCGUGGCGACGGCGGUGGUGAUGCUGACGCUGGUGACGGUCCCAAGAGUUGCAGAUUGCUGCGGACAAAUACCAUCAUUCGAAAAUGUGAAUGUCACGAGGAAUGACACGGCGAUCAACAUCACGUGGGCGAUGCCUGAUGGCGCCAUUAACCAAACCGUCAUGCUGGACAACACCAAGGAGGCUGCAAACAACUGGAAGGCCCCAGUACUGGAUGGAUCGACGUUCAUGUUCGCGGGGCUGGUGCCUGGCAGGAACUAUUUAUUUUCCCUGUUUGUCGACUGCACUUCUACCAACAGCUCCAUCACUCAAAUGUACCAAACGCUGCCACCAACAGUCAAUGUCAGCAUCAUCAUCAACAACUCUACAGUCAUGACGGUAUCAUGGGCACCUAUUAUUGCUGGAGACGUUGACUACUACAUGGUCUACUUGAAUGAAACCAAUAACUCAACAGCAGUGAAGAGCUCCGAUUUGUCCUCCAACAUUACAACACAAGUGUUUACAGAUCUGGUUCCUGGUAGAAGUUACCAGGCAUCUGUAACAGCGCACAGUGGCAGUUACUCCCAACCAUCAGCCAUCUUCACUGCCAGGACAUUGAUUCUAUCAGUCAACGUCACCAUCAGCCCCAUCAACUCUACAGCCAUGAAUGUCUCAUGGAAAACGAAUCUUCUCGCUGUAGACGUUGACAACUACACGGUCUACUUGACUGAAUCUAAGAACGCAACAGCAGUGCAGAGCUCCAAUUUCCCCUCCACCAUUACAACAAAAGAGUUUACAGGUCUGGUUCCUGGUAGACUUUACCAGGCGUCUGUAACAAUGCACAGUGGCAUUGACAUCCAAUCAUCAGCCAACGUCAGUGACAGAACCUUGCCUCCAUCAGUCAAUGUCACCAUCAGCCCCAUCAACUCUACAGCCAUGACUGUCUCAUGGGCACCUACAAUUCCUGCAGACGUUGACAGCUACACGGUCUACUUGAAUGAAACCAAUAACCCAACAGCAGUGAAUAGCUCCAAUUUGUCCUCCAACAUUGCAACACAAGUGUUUACAGAUCUGGUUCCUGGUAGAAGUUACCAGGCAUCUGUAACAGCGCACAGUGGCAGUUACUCCCAACCAUCAGCCAACUUCACUGCCAGGACCUUGCCUCCAUCAGUCAAUGUCACCAUCAGCCCCAUCAACUCUACAGCCAUGACUGUCUCAUGGGCACCUACAAUUCCUGCAGACGUUGACAGCUACACGGUCUACUUGAAUGAAACCAAUAACCCAACAGCAGUGAAUAGCUCCAAUUUGUCCUCCAACAUUGCAACACAAGUGUUUACAGAUCUGGUUCCUGGUAGAAGUUACCAGGCAUCUGUAACAGCGCACAGUGGCAGUUACUCUCAACCAUCAGCCAACUUCACUGCCAGGACCUUGCCUCCAUCAGUCAAUGUCACCAUCAGCCCCAUCAACUCUACAGCCAUGAAUGUCUCAUGGGCACCUACAAUUCCUGCAGACGUUGACAGCUACACGGUCUACUUGAAUGAAACCAAUAACCCAACAGCAGUGAAUAGCUCCAAUUUGUCCUCCAACAUUGCAACACAAGUGUUUACAGAUCUGGUUCCUGGUAGAAGUUACCAGGCAUCUGUAACAGCGCACAGUGGCAGUUACUCCCAACCAUCAGCCAACUUCACUGCCAGGACCUUGCCUCCAACAGUCAAUGUCUCCAUCAGCCCCAGCAACUCUUUAGACGUGAAGGUCUCAUGGGGACCUAUUAUUGCUGGAGACGUUGACUACUACAUUGUCUACUUGAAUGAAACAAAUAACUCAGCAGUAGUGAGGAGCUCCAAUUUGACCUCCGCCAUUACAACGCAAGAGUUUAAAGAUCUGGUUCCUGGUAGAAGUUACCAGGCAUCUGUAACAGCGUACAGUGGCACUGGCUCCCAACCAUCAGCCAUUGUUACAGCCAGGACAUUGCCUCCAAAAGUUAAUGUCACCAUCGGCAUCAAAAUCUCUACAGCCAUGAAUGUCUCAUGGGCACCUAUUAUUGCUGUAGACGUUGACUACUACAUUGUCUACUUGAAUGAAACCAACAACUCAACAGCAGUGAAGAGCUACAAUUUGACCUCCGCCAUUACAACACAAGAGUUUAAAGAUCUGGUUCCUGGUAGAAGUUACCAGGUAUCUGUAACAGCGUACAGUGGCAAUGGCUCCCAACCAUCAGCCAUCGUCCCAGCCAGGACAUUGCCUCCAAAAGUUAAUGUCACCAUCGGCAUCAACAUCUCUACAGCCAUGAAUGUCUCAUGGGCACCUAUUAUUGCUGUGGACGUUGACAACUACAUUGUCUACUUGAAAGAAACCAAUAACCCAACAGUAGUGAAGAGCUACGAUUUGACCUCCACCAUUACAACACAAGAGUUUAAAGAUCUGGUUCCUGGUAGAAGUUACCAAGCAUCUGUAACAGCGCACAGUGGCACUGGCUCCCAACCAUCAGACAUCGUCACAGCCAGGACAUUGCCUCCAAAGGUCACAGUCAACAUCACCAUCGAUGGCAACAUCAUCUCUCCAGUCCUGACGGUCUCAUGGGUAGCGCCGACUUCAGAUGUUGACAAGUACACUGUCUACUUAAAUGAAACCGAAACAAAUUACAAUAAAUCAUUUAUUAAUUACCCUAACGUGUCAUCUAAUGCUACAAGUUUUACUGGUCUGGUUCAAGGCAUGAAUUACAAUGCAUCUGUAAUAGCUCACAGCGGGAACAACUCCCAAGAGUCAGACAUAGUCUCAAACAGAACCUAUCCAGCACCUGUCGGUGCAUUUAAAUGUUUCCCGAAUACGUCGACGAAUAUUUACUGCAAUUGGUCUCUCCCCAUUGGUGUAUUUAUGGAUAUUCUUUUGUGGGUGUCUGAUAACUCUACUGUGGUGCAAAACAUCAGCAUUUUCAAUGGCAAAGACCCCUCUAUAAGCACAUCUCCUGACAAGCAACCAAAAGUAAAAUUACUGUCGAGCACAACAACCAAUAAAACGUUCAUCACAAUUGAACAACUGAAGCCGAACACUCUUUACACGGUCAGCAUCGCGGUCAUUGCCGGAUCUCUGCAAAGUCAAAUCAUUGAAAGCACUGCAAAGACUGACUUGACCGCUCCGCCAGACAUUCCGGAGUCGGUGAAGGUCGACUCGGUGCCGAACACAGUGACCUCGAACAGCCUGACCUUGUCCUUCAGCUGCAGCUGGUUCGCCACCACCAACGGCGACCUCAAGUACUUCACGGUCAUCGUCAAGGAGUCCGCGGAGACGACCACCGAUAAGCCCGAGAAUAAAUGGCCACUGAGCAAGUAUUCGGACUACGUGAGCGGCACAACGAAGGUGUACCAGGUGGACGACCGCGUCUACCCCGCCGACUGCAAAAGCCCGAGCGCCACCGUGCAGGUCAAAGUCGGCACCGGCGCCACCAAGGGCGGCUUCGACGACGGUGCGCUGAAGCCGAACACGAAGUACAGGUUCAGUUUCCGUGCGUACACGUUCAUCCCGGGCACACGCUCCGUCCGCGCUGGGAACCAAGCCUUCUUCGCGGACACUUUCUUCUCUCUGCCGAUCUUGACCUUGGUCGGCCCCACAGACAGCGGCGCGGUGGCAGGCGGAGUGAUUGGAGGGUUGCUGGGCGGAGUGGCGUUAGCCGCUGGGGGCUUCUUCCUCUACAAGAAGCGGAACCAGCUGCAGAAGGGAUCAAAGUCAAACAGGAAUGGAAUAUCGUCAUUGCGGGCCAGCAGACUCCAACCGGCACCCUAUAAACCCAGCCCUGUGUUCGCCACUCAGUUCGAGACUCACGUGAAGGAGCUGAGCCAAGAUUCCAACUACUUAUACUCCUUGGAAUUCGAGCACCUGAAGGAGAAGGGAAAAAAUCAGUCGAAGGACAUGGCCCGAUUGCCGCAGAACGCUCCCAAGAACCGCUACGCCAACAUCUUGCCGUACGAUCACAACCUCGUUCCACUCAACAAGAGUGGGGGGUCCAACUACAUCAACGCAAGCUUCAUCUCCGGCUACAGCCGCACGCGCGAGUACAUCGCCACGCAGGGCCCCAAGGAGGACACGGUGGCUGACCUCUGGCAAAUGGUGUGGGAGCAGAACGUGUACACCAUCGUCAUGCUCACCGGCGUCAUGGAAGGAGGACGGGAGAAAUGCGCCAAGUACUGGCAGGACGACAUGGAGCCCCAUUUUCAGGGUGACCUGGUGCUGCGGAAGGUGUCCGAGACCGUUCUGGACGACUGGACAAUACGCAACCUCCAGAUCUACUCGAAAGACGCGGAGACGAUGGAGGAGGUGCGCGACAUCCGGCAGUUCCACUUCACGGCGUGGCGCGACCACGGCGUGCCCCGCGAACCGCAAUCCGUGCUCAAGUUCCUGGAGGUCGUGCGCUCGCACGCCAACAAGUCGCCCCAGAACAGCCUCACGCUCGUGCACUGCAGUGCCGGCGUGGGUCGCACGGGGACGCUGAUUGGGCUGGACGUGGCGCUGCAGCAGGUGCAGAAGGAGGACAAGGUGGACGUGUUCCACAUCACGGCGCGCAUGCGCGAGCAGCGCAUGCUGAUGGUGCAAACGGAGGUGGGAACCAGCACCACACCUGUGGGCUAA